AUGUUCGACGUUGUUCUAAGCUCUGCUUAUACAUUCCUCAUUCGGCAAACGUGGCGCAACUACCGAUCCAGUCUGAUGAAUGCCGGUAUCGCUCAACUCCGAGGAUACAAGGGGACGCAUGUAUAUAAUGACAGAUGGGCGAUCACAAAAGCGGUUGUUUCUACUGUGCACGGACUUGGCGCUCAGGGAGGCACUUUGAGCAGAGAGUUCAUUUGGCUGGACGACCGGACCGCUUCGACCAUGAAAGUCUUCCAGAUGCUGAUCGGCGCCUUAUACUAG